CGUCUAAACUUGGAUUGAAAAAGAACAAGUCGAUCGUGAGCAUCUACGAAUCAUACCAGCUGGUUCAGUUCAAUCAUGCUUCGCUUAUCACCACAUUUGUCGCGAGCAGCAACGCCAACACAGGAUUAUUGCUGGAGCUGGGUACCGAGCUGGAGAGUGUCACACAGGUCAUUGCGACGGCCCUUCACGAGAGACAUAGCGGGGCCUUGUAAAUACGGUGUAGUAGCAAACAACGAUCAGUCUGCAGCAGCAGCACGUGCCUUUUCUUAUAUAAACCAGAUCAAAACGCUGUACACCCCUUAAUUUCUUCGCGCGCGCUCGCGGCAAGUAACUUUUUCCAUGCUGCAACUGCUUUUGGCUUUCGCUGUUUCUUUACAUUCCUACACUCUUCACAACACAAUGGCGACCUUUUCAUACAGUGUCGGCAUCCCCAUCUUCUGCGUCGGAUUCACAAACGAUGACAACCUGAUUCUUGCUGGUGGUGGCGGUGCAGGACGAUCCGGCGUACAGAACAAAAUCAACAUCUACAGGGUCGACAGGACCAACAGGACCUUGCUUCCUCUUGUUGAAAAGCAACUCAACCGGGAAGAAGAUGCACCCAUGUCACUCAGUGUACACCCAAAGGAAUCCACAAUGGCCUUUGGAAUCAACAGUGCAAUCAACAAAAUCGAGGCAGGGGAGAAUGAAAAUUGCAGGAUCUUUCAGUUUUCGGACGAGAGGAUCGAGCCGGUUCAUAACAAGGGAACGUUGGCGAGCAAAAAUCCUGACGAUUACCAGAGAGUCACACGAUUCAGCAUGGACGGCACGAAGCUUGCAACUGGCGGCACCGAUGGAGUUCUGGCUCUGCUGAAAUACCCCACCCUCACUCCAGUGAUGCCAGUGACACAGUUCAAGGGACACGACAUUCUUGAUUUGGACUUCUCAGAGAACGGCUCGCAUAUUGCAGCGGUCUCGGCUCAGAAUCUGUGGAUCAUUGCUGCGGGAACAGGUAGAGUGUUGGAAGUGAUCACGAACCCGGUCCUGAACAAGAAGAAGCCGUUCGAAUUUAGGACAUGUCGCUUUGGAAGGGGAGCCUUCGCCAACAUCCUGUACACGGUCGUGAAUGGCGACAAGAGCCAGAAGCCGUUUGUUUGCAUGUGGAGUACUACCACCUGGACCCGUGUCCGUACGCUUGCCGUCGGACCCAGACCUAUUACCGCCUGCACAAUCAGCUCUGAUGGCAAGUUGAUCGCAUUUGGAUCUUCGGAUAUGUACGUCCGGAUCUGCAGCAGCAAGACUUUGCAGGUGCUGAUGGCGGUCCCCAGGGCACACGUGCUGCCUAUCACCUCCUUGGCAUUUAACAAGGACGCGUCGCUGCUAGCCAGUGGGUCCGUAGAUGCGACAUGCCAUGUCAUUUUAGUGCCAAAGACCUUCCCCAAGAACAAUAGUUUUGUCAUGUUGGUCCUCGCCUUGCUGUUCUUGUUCCUCGCGGCCCUCGUUCAGAUCUACCAGACUUAUGAACUCUAAAUGCACAGACCAAUUCUGUUUGAGCUUUACCCGUGCACUCUCAUGAGCCAUCAAACCAAUUAAUAAAAAUCGCGACAUGAUAACAAGGCAGUCAGGGAGAGUUUAU